CAAUUUCUCUCGGUCAGUCUGUUAGAGUCGAUCAAACGUUGCAGAUCUAUUACUUUGCUUUUUGCCUGUGCUGGAAUCAAUUCCGGGUCGCUAUUCGAGCUGAAACUCCGCGAUUCAAUCAACGUUGAAAUACUGUCUGUGCGCGAGACGCAGCCACAACAACAUAGAAGGUGUCGUGUUAAUCCUGCUCAUCUGGUGUUUAUAUCGGAAAGGAAGUGAAGUUCACCAAAGUUACACCUUCACGCUCAAAUUAGCGGAAUCUGAUACAGAAUGGUGCAUGUCCUGUCCUGAAAUCGAUAAAUUGUCUAUAGUUGGGAAAAAAAACAGCCGGUUAAAGAAGUGAAAGAGCUUACGGCUUUACGCGUGACAAGUUUGCAGAUUACAGUGUAUCCACUUGGUGACAGGUGUGUGCGCGAUACGCAUCGGGGAGGAACACGUUUGUGCUCUGGUGAAACGUGAUUUUGCCUUACGGCGCAAUUCCAUAUGUAUAAAUUCUUUGUUAAUUCGAGCGUUAAAUAUAUAAUAAAAUAAAGUGUUGAGAGAGGAGCAAAUUCGAAAAGCUGUUUGCGAGUUUAUAUGGUUUGCUUGCUCGUACGGGCAGGCUCGGAAAUAAACGUGCGAGGAAGUGCGGAAACGAGUGGACACUUCAGCCGAACCAGUGAAGCCGGUGUUUGUUUGUUGCUUGAGCUAUCAACAAUAACUAAUUUCAUGUGUAAAGUAGGAAGCAAAAAGAACUCGAUUCUACUGGACAAUAAAAAACGUGUUAGACUGUUCUUUCGCAAGCCACGUUACACGCAUUACUGUUCCGUUUGGUACAUCAUAGAGUCGGCAGCGGCAGCAGCGGAGGAGAAAACAGCGAACGGCGCAGAUCGACGGGCACGGAUCAAUUGAAGUAUUAUUUCGACGACUCUCCAGCUAUCUCCACCAGUUACAUUUGCCUCCCGUUGGCCCUUCCAGCUGCUGGAACUUGUACAAACGUCUAAAUCUAUUCGUACAGUGCCUGGAAAAGUACUGAAAGGUGAUCGGUGUUAUCCUUGUGAUCUCGAUCGUGCUUACCAGAGGCAGUUCUUCAAGAAGCCGCAUUCCGUACAACUAACCGGUUAUAUGCUAUACCUCGCUGCGUCCGAUUACAACGCUUUACAUAAUUUCCAAUCGAAUAUUGUCUCUAGUCUCUGUUACGGUACCUGUGCCUGAAAAAGCUGCUAAUGUGUGACUUCGGUAUAGCAGACGAUUCAAGUGUACAAAGUGCCCGAGCUGUCGAUCGCUUGAAAACCAAAUCACGUGUGUGGUAAUGUGUUUGUGUACUGCUUGAAGCAACAGGAAAAUUAAAGUGCUGUUACAGUUGAUUAUUGACGCAGAACAGAACUGAAAGCGAGGCACAGGAAAAAAAAUCGGUACACAACACCACCGGGGAGAUUACAGUGAUACCGGUUUCCGCUUUGUCCGACGGUGUCCUGCUAGAGUUUGAUCGAGCAGAACUUUCAAAGCGAGCGGCUGGAGCGUGUCGGUCAACUUGGAGGAGAUCGGAUACAAUAACACCUGAACCGGGAAGUGGCAAUAAAUUGGACACCAAGCACUUCGAGUAGAACAGUCUCUACAACAUGGAAGGAUAUUGGGAGGCAGCCAACGGUCACGCACCGCAUCCCGUCAAGUAUGAGAGUGAAGCAUCCGUGCCCGGAUAUUCGUACUGCAACGAGCAGCUCAAUUUUUCGACAACUAAUACCACAUACAGCGAGGAUGAUGCCGAUUUUGCGCCGGGACGACGCGGUAAAACAUCCAGGCAAGACCCACUAUCACAUCGAAUCAUAGAGAAACGGCGACGUGAUCGAAUGAAUUCGUGUUUGGCAGACCUCUCACGGCUCAUUCCCCAGCAGUACAUGCGAAAGGGCCGUGGACGUGUGGAGAAAACCGAGAUAAUCGAAAUGGCAAUUCGACAUCUGAAGAACCUCCAGAACCAGGAAUGUGUUCGCGAAUCAGCAUGUGCCGAGCAGUACCGGCUAGGCUAUAACGAUUGCCUUGCCGAGGCUGCGAAAUUCAUACUGCGAGAAAGGGGCGAUGAAAUGUGCUAUCGGAUGGUAACUCAUCUGAAAGAGCACUGCAACGAAAUCAUGAAAGGUGAAUUAAUGAAGUCUCGAUGUGGCCCUGAAAUCCCAAAUGGGACCAGCCCUGUGUACCUGCAUCCAGGACCAUUGUCACAGCUGCGCGACAUGUUGUCUUGUCCUUCGGAUGUGGAACACAGCAGCAAUGACCACCACGACGUGAAAGAUCUCAGCUUCCGUAAUAACAUCAAUGGCAACAACAGCAACCCACCGCAAGCUGCUGUGAUCACCUCAACUGCUCCUAACAUGCAGCACUUGGACACAUCUAGCAACCACUCAACUAUUGACUUCGAUGCUUCUUCGCCAUCUCGCAUUUCCACCAGUUCCACCAGUGGCCAGAUGCAUCACAGCCAGCAGGACAAUAACAACAAUAUCAACGCUCAGCACGAGAGUGUGCUGCGAACAAUUCGCAUGCGAAAGUUCUCUGAAACAUCGCCGGAACAUGAGCAUAGCCAUAACAGCUAUAAAUUCAAAAACUACAUUCAGCAGCGUUUCUCCCAAGACACCCACCAUGGUCACGAGAAUGGCCAUUUGACCGAUGUUGCUCACAGUCCUUCUUCCAUGCACGAAGACCAUCCAAUGACCGAAGUGCCUCUGCCGCCUCCAGCGAAUUCUUCCGUAAAUGGAGUUGGCUCAAAGAAUAAAGCCGAUUGUUUCAAUGCCAGCAGUGGAUGUGACGAACCGUUAUCUCUGAAACGAAAAGUGUCGUGUUUGGAGCAGCCAUCCCCUGCGGCACUAGCAUCCCGCGAAGAUCGCGAAGAACUGCUAUUGGAUCGGAAGCUAAGGAAUGGUUUCACCGACAUCAAAAACGAACACGCAGCGAGAAGCACUUACACUUCAUGUGCCGUUCCAAUUUUCGCCUGUCACACCCAAGGCUUCUAUAUUCCAUUGAACGUAGACUAUGAAACGUUACUGCCAUAUCUGAAUGGAAUUGAUUUGUUUGGAAAGACCCAUCUACAGAUGCCUUCGCUGCAUCCCAUCAGCAUCAGCGUCAACUAUGCUCCUGCCAGCUUGAUGAAGUCCGUCGCCAACGGAUUAUCAACAGCUAGCAAAACCAAACUCGUCGAGGGAAUGGUCAACGGUUGCUAAAAGAUCAAAUACGCCAAACGCUUGUAACCAAUCUAGUGAAAAUGUAAGGAAUCAGUCACAAAACCAUUAUUUUUAUCUACGAUUGUAGUGAAAAGUGAGAGUAAUUUUUCCCCGUUCUUCCAUGCGACUAUCCAUGCUUCAGUUCCAAGCACUGUGUGAAAUCCAAACACAAAAUCAAACAAACAUUAUUAAGUGCAUUUUCAACGAUUCAUCGUGCAUGUGCAUGUGCAUUUCAAAACCUUCUAGACAUGAGAGAGGUUGCCAUAAUUGGAGCUAUUCAAAUGACAGAAGCAAAUUUAACUGUUCGCCUAGAACAAUUGCCACCAACAGAAACAAAAAGUGCUUCGAAAAUAGAAUUGUUCCAAUGCUAUCGCUGAAAAGAACCAACUAACUGAUAGAUAAAUAACUAAGAAACACACAGUAAGUGUACAUGAAUAUUCCAACUCAGGUAAACGACAUUUCUCACAAGUAGAAAAAAAAACUACAUAUGCGGCAUAGAUAGCGAAUGGAACAUCGAAUCAAUGCAAACGAUGUUCAAACUCAACCGUCGUAGGAAAUAGAUAUCCAUUUAGAGCAAAAAACGAUGCAUGAAAGAAACAAUGUAGCAAAUGAAUGAGUAUAUUAUGUGAGCCAUUUUCUUAUUUUUAUGAGUUCACAUAAUCAGUGACUUCACCACCCACACAAUCCGAAGCAGGUUAUGUUUCGUGUAAUUUUAUAUUACUGAUAGUUAUAUCAAAAUCUUUUAAUCUGUGAUACUGAUCAACAAACGAUAAACACAAUGUAGAAAUGCAGCGAAGAUAAGUUGGAAUGAAAAAGAUAGCGAGAGAAAACAAAUACAGUUGAACUGUAUCAGAUCACUAGGACAAGGAAAAUGGGAAUGGAUUGUAAUAACCAGUCAGCUUCUUUUCGUACUGUAUAUUUGUGACUUUGAGCGUAAGCGAAUGAUAGAAACGCUUUGUUUUCUAUUAACAAACAAACAAGUGCUGUAAAUAUAAUGGAAAAUAAACCAAACAAUUUGCCAUAAAACAAA